GAGUUCUCAUCCUAGGCUCAAAAGUUGUGGAAGCUGAAAACAUGUAUCAUGGUUGAGGGUUUGGAGCACCCCAAUCUCACAACGUUUUCGGACAGGGAAAUGACGGCCCAUGAACUGACCAGAAACACCACUGAUUAUAGCACGGUGCGGCUGAACGAACGACCUGUGCAGGUGCUUGUCAGGCCAAGAAUUGUCUCGCGGUCGCUCCGUGAUAAAAGCGAGCACGGCGUCGUCUGGUCGCCGGCGGUCGUUUGGAUUUGAUCUUGCUAGUAUGGAUACUUUUCUUAUGAUGAGAAUGUAACUAGUAGCACCCCUUUACACUGAUUCUUGCCUGGAC